AAAAAGUCAUUUAACAAUUAACAAUUAACAAUUGCAUAGUACCUAAGCUUGACUUUUAUAAUUGCGACCAAUCCUUUUUUUUUUUUCAUAAUAAAAUAAUACGAGCCACCAUGUCAGAAAUGGAUAUAGACACCGAGGCUUCGAAGCCCCAAGCCGCAAUCGAAAUCGACAGCGAGACCAAUAACAACAACACCACCAAGAACGAAGCCGAAGCCGACGCCGACGCCGACGCCGACCCCAUAAUCGCGAGCUACGACGUCUACGCGAACCCGCAGCUGCCCGAGAACCGCAAGCUGCUGGUGCUGCAGCACCCGAACCGGCAGGGCCCCGUGCGGGCGCCGUACCGCCAGAUCAGCGAGGUGCGGGUGAAGAACAAGUCCGGGUUCGUCGAGGUCGACGUGCCCAUCAGCUACGGCCACGCCGACUACGACCGCGAGAAGGGCCUGCGCUGGGGCGGCGCCCUCGCCCGCAGCACCGCCGCCAAGAACGGCGGCUCCCACGGCCUCUCCGGCGGCUUCGGCGUCGGCGUCCCCUCUAGAGGCGCAGGCGCCGGUCGCGGCGGCGCUGCCGGAGGGGCAACGGGGAAGCGCCCGGACGACCUCGAAAGGGAGCUGAGCAUGCUCGAUUGGACCGAGGCCGUGCGCCAGGAUAAGGUUCUUAGGACGCAGACCCUGGGCGGCCAGUUCCCGACCGAGAAGGAGACGAAUUGCCGAUGGAUGGUGGGCGUGUUCAAAGGAGACCAGUUACAUCUUACCCCCGUAUCAUCCCUCAUCCACCUCCGGCCGCAACUGCACCACCUCGACGCGUACACCGAGCAAGAACGCCUGAGCCGUCCACGCGAGGGCAUGGCGGGGCCCGGCGCGGCCGCGGGGAGCGCCAGCAAAGACGCCAGCGGCAGCGGCAGCGCGACGGGCGCCGGGGCCGGGGCCGCCAAGGCGAUCCACAUGUCGAUCAAGAGCGCGGGGGCGACGGAGGGCGGCGACCUGACGGUCGACACCAUGAUCGACCGCCUGCGCAAAGUCCAGGUCGAGCCCUGGUCGCGCCUCAAAUACGAGGACGAGGACAGCGACAAGGCCUGGCACAUGUUCACCAACCACCUCGUCUACCCGAGCGCGCCGAACCCCAAAUCCGUCGCCGACAUCAAGAAGGGCAAGGGAAAAGGAAAGGAAAAGAAGGAGACCAUCACGGCAGACGGCCACGACAACGACGACGAUGGCAAUGACGACGCGUCCAAGGAGAUGUUCAAAGCCCAGUGGACCGAGGAAGAGUUCCUUUCCCAUAUCCGCGGCUCUUGAUUCGAAAGCAAAAUUUUAGUUUUAAUUAUAAUUUUUGAGUAAUGGUAGCGGCUUCGACGGUAGCGAAUGAUGAGAUACCUAGGUACCUACCUAAGGCUAGGGUACCUAUGCAUUGCAUGUCAUGGAGAGCGCCAGGAUGCCCGAGGAUAAGAGGGUGAAGCUAUCACUACUACUAAUAAAUAAGCUAGCUUAUAUAUCUGCAACGAGAAGAGGUGGAAGGGAAAAAACGAGUUCAU